CGUUGGUUUGUCCUCCGCCACUAAAAAGCAACGAAGAAGAAGAAGGACCGAGCCUGCUGCUGGAGGGCUACAGGUGUUGUGUCAGUCCAUCGCUGCACAUGAUGACCACAGAGCCAACGAGCCAGGAGAGCCAGGAGAGCCUGGAGAGCCUCAGUGUGCUCUACCAGAGCGAUGACUUCAUUGUGGUGGACAAGCACUGGGACAUCCGCAUCGACAGCAAGAUGUGGUACGAGAAACACACCGUGCAGACUCAACUCCGGCACCGCUUCCCUCAGCUGGCAGACCCAAGCACCUACUAUGGAUUCAGGUUCUGUCAUCAGUUGGAUUUCUCCACUAGUGGGGCUCUUUGUGUUGCCCUCAAUAAAGCUGCGGCCGGCCGCGCCUACCGCUGCUUCAAGGACCGCACAGUCACUAAAGCCUAUCUCGCCCUGGUUCGGGGCUGCGUGGAAGAACAGACGCAAACUCUGGACUUCUCCAUCGGCAAGAACUCCUCAGAGGGAAAAACACACAUGAUGUGUAUUGAGGGAACAGAAGGCUGUGAAAACCCCAAGCCGUGCCAAACCGGGCUGACGGUGCUGGAGUACGGGCUGUAUGAUGGAGAUCCUGUGACCAAGGUGCUCCUGCAGCCGCUCACUGGCCGAACCCACCAGUUAAGGGUUCACUGCAGCGCGAUUGGCCACCCCAUCGUCGGUGACUUCACGUACAGCUCAGGAGCGGACGAUGCCCCGUACCGCAUGAUGCUGCACGCCCACCUCCUCCACAUUCCCCUGGAGCCUCAGCCCCUGCUCGUCUCUGCCGGAGAUCCCUUUCUCCCCGCGGUGGAUCCCAAGUGGCUCCCGGAGCGCUUGUUACGUACAGUGGAGGCCACUGUAGAGGCCCUGCUGGAGCGCAGGGUGGAGGAGGACAGGAAGACUAAAGAGGAGGAGAAGGAGAGCGCGAGGAAAGAGGAGGAGAGGAGAAGGAAACGUCGCAAGGAACAGAGGACUGAGAAGGAGAGCGAGGAGCAGAGGAGGCAUUGUCAGGAGUGGUUGAGCGAAUGGGCUGGAGACUGAUAACAAGACUUUUGUGUUGUUAUUUAUUUUAAUUUAUUUUAGCUUUUUACUUAUGAAGGCCACGUUGAACAUAGAAGCUACACCAGUGUUGUUUUUUAACCUUAAUUCCCUCUCAAACCAUCUGUAAACAUUAGGUUAGAAACAUUACUUGUGUGAGCCUAUAAACUGCUUUUAACAAUUCAAACCACUGACAUGCCCACGAAUGGACCAGCUGCUUACAAAUAAGUGCCUUGCUCAAGUUUACGUGUAUAGUUUUCAACAGUGGUGUAUAAAGUACUUGAAAGCCAUACUUGAGUAAAAGAACAGAUAUCUUACCUGGAAGUGACUCCGGUAAAAGUAUAAGUCACCCGUCAGAGAAUGCCUUGAGUAAAAGUCUUAAAGUAGCUCAUAUUAAAUCGACUUAAGUAUCAAAAGUAUCUGGUGUUGAAAUGUACUCAAGUAUCAAAAGUAAAAGUACAAGUAAAAAAAAGUUAAAAUGCAAAGUGCAAAACAACCCCAAAUUGUUCUCUUCAGGAUUUAUUUAAACUGAAAUUAUAAAAACAAUAUACAUAUAAUGUAUAAUUUUACAAAUUUGGAACCCCAGAUGCUGAGGUUCAAAUAGUAUUGGACUAGUGCAUCUGAACUUCAAGUGCCUCUUGUGUCUACCUAAGAACACUAAUAGACCACAGUAUAACCACUAAAUGUCAUUUAGAUAUUUACAAAGUGUAAUUCUGUAAAUAUCACUAAACAAUGGAGCUUUCAUCAGUAGCAGGAAUGAUACACAAUGCCCCUUAUGAUAACUCAACAAAGGGAAACAAGUUCUAGCACACGAAGUAAGAUAGUUUCUCUUUUGUUAACAGCCUGAACAGCGCUAGUACAGAGAAGAAACAAAUGGAAAUGUUUUACCUGUGACUUUCUGUUCUUAAAUGAUUCACACGUAGGUUCCACAUAUGGCAGCAUCAGAAUUUACUCGGACAAGCCUUUCAAAAAUUCAAUCCGUAUUCUGAUAUGUUCAGUGGAACGAGGCAGGACUUAGUGUGCAAGAACACAAACGUAAGGAGAUAAGUGCAUGUAUUGAAUUUUAUUUACACAAUCAGGAGUUUACGAAGGAAAUGUUCAAAACCUAAAUUUGCCACAAAACCGAGAGUGCUGACAGGCUGGUCAGUUCAGAUACAACCAAAGAUCCUGAGUACAAAGGGACUGCAAGGUUCUAUCAGGUAGGCAGGCCGGUAAGACAGAUACAGAAACAGACCGACAAAAAGGUCAGCCCAAAGGUCAGGCCUGUCGCAGGCCCAGCUUAAACGCCUCGAGUAUAUUUGGUUACGCCUCAAAUGUGUUUGUCUUCUCCCGGAGAUCCUUGACCUGCUCUGUUAUACAAGCAGUAAGAAUAUAUUUUUAACAAUACCCUAUUUGCACUUCUUUAUAUAUGCAAAGUAGAAAGUACAGAAAUUUGUGUUCAAAUGUAGUGAGUAAAAGUAAAAAGUCAUCAGGAAAAAUCAGUACUCAAGUAAAGUACAGAUAUGUGAAAAAUCUACUUAAGGACAGUAACGAAGUAUUUCUACUUCACUACUUCCCACCACUGGUUUUCAAUUAACCUAUUCCUGUCGAUUUAUUAAGCCAAGCAGAUCAUCUCAGUGUGCCAAAGUUCUGAGCCUCUGAUUCACAGAAAUUCAUGUGAAAAUCAAAAUGUUACUUUCUAACCCCCUUUCUCUGUCUUUGCCCUGUUUUAUUGUUUUACAGCUUUCGAGUACACUAUUAAAAAUAAAAAGCAUUUGGUGUUAAUGUUAAAAAAACUGAUCUCUCCAAACUAAGCGUUAAUAAAAAGGUACUGAACAAAA